AUGGAUUUCACCAAAGCAUUUAAUGAGAUUACUGAAAGGCAUCUCAAGAAGAUUGAAAUGAGCUCGAAGAAAACUAGGAAAGGAAAGAGUCCCGGAAAGGGUGGGAAUCGAUUUUGGAAGUCCAUUGUGGUUGGCUUUAAGACUCCCAGGGAGUUCUUCUUCUUUCUCCUUCUGCCUGAGUUCAUCUUUGUCGCAAAUUGGCCUGCGCUUCCGAAAGGAAAGAGUCCCGGAAAGGGUGGGAAUCGAUUUUGGAAGUCCAUUGUGGUUGGCUUCAAGACUCCCAGGGAAGCCAUCGAAGGUGAUUUCUUCGUCUUCUUUAGUCGCUGUCAAGGUUCUUUGUUGAUUGUGUUCUGUGUGCUGGACUGUGUGUUUGAAAGGAUGAUUGCUGAUUUGGUUUUCACCUAUAACCACUAUUUUAGGAAGGCAAACUGUGUCCCACUUCACCCAAGGGAUCUUGUUGGCCUCAAGGUGACCUCCCCAUAG